UGAGAAAUUCAUUUCUAAUGUUCUGUAAACUGAAGUACAAUCAUUGUGGAGAAUUUCAGAAGGAAAAGAAGUUAAUAUACUUUAAUUUUGAUGUACUUAUUUAUGUGUGGAAAUGAUCCUCCCUUCAUGACUCCCCCCUCCAAAAGGUCCCUCAGUGAAGAGCCCUUCCAACCUCAAGCCCACAGGAACAACCUCCGGUCCGGCCUCAUCCCCUCCCUGGUUCUCCUCCCUUCCCUUUUUUGGCUGUCUUUCCUUCCUCCUCUGUGACUCAGGCAGAGCCCAAACAUUCCUUAUUCCUGCAGAUUUUAGAAGUGGUUGUUUCUCUUCUUUUUCUAGAAGGUAAACGAUGAACAUGAGAAGAAUUGCCCAGCAACAUCUGAUGCAACCUGGGCAGGAACUCAUCAUCAAGCAAGAAAACAAAGCAUUGAAAAUCAGAAAGGACAGACAUGGACUCAAAAUGAAAGGACUGACGCAGAGGAGAAACCAUGCAAAUGCAUGUCACCUCAGUAGAUAUCAAAGAACACAUCCAGGGGAGAAACUGUAUCCAUGUAUGGAAUGUGGAAGGAUAUUCAGUCAGAAUAAAAGCCUCCAUAUACACCAUAGAACUCACACUGGGGAGAAACCACAUAAAUGCAUGGAAUGUGGAAAGAGCUUUAGUCAGAGUUGUCAUCUUAGGAUACAUCAAAGAACUCACACUGGGGAGAAACCACAUAAAUGCAUGGAAUGUGGAAAGAGCUUUAGUCAGAGUGGUCACCUGAAAUUACAUCAAAGUACUCACACUGGCGAGAAACCACAUAAAUGCCUGGAAUGUGGCAAAAGCUUUAGUCAGGGUGGAAACUUGAGGUUACAUCAAAGGACUCACACUGGGGAGAAACCACAUAAAUGCCUGGAAUGUGGCAAAAGCUUUAGUCAGGGUGGAAACUUGAGGUUACAUCAAAGGACUCACACUGGGGAGAAACCACAUAAAUGCCUGGAAUGUGGCAAAAGCUUUAGUCAGGGUGGAAACUUGAGGUUACAUCAAAGGACUCACACUGGGGAGAAACCACAUAAAUGCCUGGAAUGUGGCAAAAGCUUUAGUCAGGGUGGAAACUUGAGGUUACAUCAAAGGACUCACACUGGGGAGAAACCACAUAAAUGCCUGGAAUGUGGCAAAAGCUUUAGUCAGGGUGGAAACUUGAGGUUACAUCAAAGGACUCACACUGGGGAGAAACCACAUAAAUGCCUGGAAUGUGGCAAAAGCUUUAGUCAGGGUGGAAACUUGAGGUUACAUCAAAGGACUCACACAGGGGAGAAACCGUAUAAAUGCAUAGAAUGUCGAAAAAGCUUUAGUACAAGUGCUGCCCUUAAGUUACAUCAAAGGACACACACAGGGGAGAAACCGUAUAAAUGCAUAGAGUGUGGAAAGAGCUUUACUACGAACGGUAUCCUUGGGUUACAUCAAAGGACUCACACUGGGGCGAAAACACAUAAAUGCCUGGAAUGUGGAAAGAGCUUUACUACGAACGGCAUCCUUGGUUUACAUCAAAGGACUCACACUGGGGCGAAAACACAUAAAUGCCUGGAAUGUGGAAAGAGCUUUACUACGAACGGCAUCCUUGGUUUACAUCAAAGGACUCACACUGGGGCGAAAACACAUAAAUGCCUGGAAUGUGGAAAGAGCUUUACUACGAACGGCAUCCUUGGUUUACAUCAAAGGACUCACACUGGGGAGAAACCACAUAAAUGCAUGCAAUGUGGAAAGAGCUUUAUUCGCAGUUAUUCCCUUAGGUUACAUCAAAGGACCCACACUGGGGAGAAACCACAUAAAUGCAUGGAAUGUGGAAAGAGCUUUAGUAGGAGUGGUGCCCUUAGGUCACAUCAAAGGACCCAUACUGGGGAUAAGCCAUAGAAAUGCAUGGAAUGUGGAUUGAGUUUUUUUCAGAGCUCUUAAGAAGGCAUAAGGAGCUCAUACAGUUUUGUGCUGUUUUCCCUGGGACAGAAGAAACAACAGAAUGUUUCGGUAGUGCAAAACAGAAAGAUAAGAGAAAAAAUGGAAUGUAUUUUGAAGUGCCUCUUGUUAAGUGGUUUACUUCAAUUGUUAUUUAACAGAGAUAUAUCACAAAAUAUAUGUUGAACUUUGUGCUAAAAAUGAGAAUAAGCAUAUAUAUUUUGCAAUAGAAGGUUUUACGAAAUUAGUGUAAAAUAAAAGGAUAGAUGUUCUGAGGCUAACUGAUGGAAGAAAAACAAGUAGUGAAGGGAGCGAAGCUGUGAUGUGUUUACCCUCAGAAAUAAUAACAGUAAUUGAGAUUUAAAGAGGGUGCCAAUGAAUUUUUGUUCUCUAUUUUUUAUCAAGCUAUAUAUAUGAACUCAGACCCAGUACAGUAUACUCUCCAUACAAUAGCAUAGAAACGCCUAGUUCUUCAAAAAUAAUACAGAAUAUAUAUUUUGUAUUGAGAGUAGACUGCACUGGGUCGGAGAUGACCAAAUCCUUUUAUCCUUAACUCCUGAGCUUAUCAGAGGCUGGGAAACCCAAGUCUUGGGAAGAUUUGAUUUUGCUGACUGAUGCAGAGCUAAGGGAUAUAAAUAUUGGGGGUGUUAUGAGAAAGGAACAGAGAACCAUAGAGUUUUGGUUUCAUGGAGUACAACUGAUGGAACUGAUGCCGGGUGAAAGUCCUUGGAAGAGCGGAAAGAUAAACUUAAGGGAGUGACAGCCAGCAAUGGAUUUUACACACGGUUGGAUUAGAACAAAAUUUAAGAGCCAAAUAGUGCUCUUCUACUGUGUAUGUAUUAAUUUUUUAAGUUUAAAUACUUUUGCAUGUCUUUCAUUAAAAAUGAUAAGGGUUUUUGCUUUUUAUCAUUGUAUUCUUAGGAAGUUCAAAUACAUCUAAAGAUGUAUUCUCUAUCUAAAUUAUGAGGUCCAGUGUUUUAAUGUGUUUGUAUUUUAUAUUCAAGCCUUAAAUUUUCCGUAUUAUCUGAAUUUAAAUUCCUGCAUCUUUUUACAAGGUGCAAGAAUGUAUUUUAAGUAAGUCUGCAGUUUUUGCAUAACUGCAUGAGGUUUGUGUUUGAAGAUCUUUACCAACAGUUUUUUCCUCACGCCUGUAAGACUGCGUAUUUUUUUGGAUGUAGUAUAUUUAAGUAUGGAAUCUAGAAAAGAUGUAAAUAAAUGAACUUGUAGAGAAUAAACAAGUUUUGGAAUUGC